GCAGAAAUGUAUGAGAGCAACAGGUCAGGGGGAAAUUAUUCUCUCAGUUUAUUUACUACAGAGCUGGUAGCGUCCAUCUGUUGUGCUUGAUGUCACUCGGUAACAUCGCUGUGCUGUUGCGCGUCUAUUGCGUUUAAUGACUCGUAGCUUUUUGAGAAAGCAUCGUGUUCUCUGCGGCGCUAACUACUGAGAGGUGUCCACUUUCCCGACAGCGCGUGAAGGCACCGGCAGGAUCAUCUGUUGGACAGGGAAACUCAUCAGGAGCCAAGUGAAGACUUUCCAGUGUCGCUAGCUCUCGGGCUAGCAGCUGUAAACUCAGCCGUCCACACACACGAGACUUUCUCAAAUAUAGAUAUAUAAAGUGUGAAGUCGUAUCUGGACGACAAACAACAUGCGAGCGAGGUUUUAGGAGCAGUUUUUUUUUUGUUGCGCCCCAAAGUGAGAAGGCGGACAGGACAGCCGCUGGCCAGCUGAAGCUCGCGGCUAGCUCGCCAACGUUAGCCGGGGGAGAGCGGAGCGGAGCGGGGUGAAAAUGGAGCUGGACGACGUGGUCCUGUACCAGGACGACUCGGGCGACUCUGCCAUGAUGUCCGAGCGCGUCUCCGGCUUGGCCAGCUCCAUCUACCGCGAGUUCGAGCGGCUCAUCGAGAGGUACGGCGAGGACGUGGUGAAGGAGCUGAUGCCGCUGGUCGUCGCCGUGCUGGAGAACUUGGACUCGGUGUUCGCUGUCAACCAGGAGCAAGAAGUGGAGCUGGAGCUGCUGAAGGAGGACAACGAGCAGCUGGUCACCCAGUACGAGCGGGAGAAGGCUCUGAGGAAACACGCCGAGGAGAGGUACAUUGUCCUCGAAGAUUCUCAGGAGGGUGAGAAGAAAGACCUCCAGCGUCAACUGGUGAAAUUGGAGUCUCACACUCGUCAACUAGAGCUAAAGGCUAAAAACUAUGCAGAACAGAUUAGCAGACUCGAUGAGAGAGAUGCAGAGCUCAAAAAGGAGUAUAACACCCUUCAUCAGAGACACACUGAGAUGAUCCACAGCUACAUGGAGCACCUGGAGCGGACGAAACACCAACAUGCCGUGACACCAGCAGAGCCCACAGAUACAGGCACAGUCACAUCAACCAGGUCACGGAAGGAGCGUCCAGUCUCCAUGGGCAUAUUCCAACUUCCUGUGACUGAAGGUAUGACCCCUGACCUCCAGAGGGUACCUGUGGACACCCCGUCUGAACCAUGGAGAUACAACAACCUCAGCCACCCACGUUCCAACACUAGCCUUAAGUUCUCCCCAAUCAGAAUGGAAGGUGAAAGUACGCAGGAGCGUUCGUCCAAUGAGGAGGCUGAUCAUGAUCAGGAUGAAUUGACCAGUUCGAACCGCAGAGGCUCCAAAACCAGUUCUCCAAACAACCAAUCAAACGUCUCCAAAAGUGGAACUCCAGUGUCUUCUCAAGCUGGAGGAUCUUCUCAGGACGGUACCUCUAAAUCAAAUACCCCCACAUCCUCAUGCACACUAUUUCCUCAUGAUGGCGCGUCCACCGGCACCAGUUCCAUGUCCAGUCAUGCGGGUGGAUCUUCUUCUGCUACACCUCUGUCUACCACUGCUUCAGAUGUGGCCAUGGAGUCUGUGGACACUCCUCUCCAGGAACAGGAGGCUUCAGACGGGCUCAACAGGAACCUGGACAGGAGCAGCGGAAAGCCGGAGAGCAAUAAGAACAUCGCAGCGGUGCAGGAAGGGCAGCAGGGUCAGCGUGGACAUGACGGUCAGGAGUCUGCUUCUACACCUCUCGAAAGUGAAGAUGGAGCAGACAACCUGGAGAAGUCUGAGGUGCAGAAGAUCAUAGAAUCCACUCCUGAACUGGACAUGGAUCUUGAUGGCUGCAUAGGAACAAGCACACCAGUUAAAGGCGGCAUAGAGAAUCUAGCGUUCGACCGGAACACUGAGUCUCUGUUUGAGGAGUUGUCGUCUGCAGGAAACGACCUGAUAGCAGACAUGGACGAAGGUGCUGACCUACUGGGUAUGGGUCGGGAAGUCGAACAUCUUAUCCAUGAGAACACCCAGCUGCUGGAGACCAAAAACGCUUUGAAUGUGGUGAAAAAUGACCUGAUCGCUCGCCUGGAUGAACUGUCCUGUGAGAAGGAGGUUCUUCGGGGAGAGCUGGAUGCUGUCACUCAGGCCAAAACCAACCUGGAGGAGAAGAACAAAGAAUUAGAGGAAGAACUCAAGAAGUUUCGAGCAGAGCAGGAAGAUGCCAAACAGAAAGUCAAGAUUGAGAAUGAGGAUGAUAGUGAUGUGCCUACAGCGCAGAGGAAGCGCUUCACCAGGGUGGAGAUGGCCAGGGUCCUGAUGGAGAGGAACCAGUACAAGGAGAGACUGAUGGAGCUGCAGGAGGCGGUCAGAUGGACAGAGAUGAUCAGGGCUUCGAAGGAGAAUCCAGCUCUUCCAGAGAAGAAGAAAUCCAGCCUCUGGCAGUUGAGUUUCAGCCGUUUGUUCAGCUCGUCGGGCGGAGCAGCCAAGAAGCCGCCGACGGAGGCGCCAGUGAACGUCAAGUACAACGCGCCCACCUCUCAGAUUCAGCCGUCCGUCAAGAAGAGGAGUACCACCCUGCAGCAGCUGCCCAGUGACAAGAGCAAAGCCUUUGAUUUUCUCAAUGAGGAAGUGGCAGCUGAUAACGUGGUGUCCAGGCGAGAGCAGAAGAGAGCGCAGUACCAGCAGGUCAAAGCUCACGUCCAGAAGGAGGACGGCAGAGUGCAGGCGUAUGGCUGGAGCCUGCCCAAGAAGCACAAAGCAAAUGGAGGUCAGGCAGAGAGUAAGAUGAAGAAUCUGCCUGUUCCUGUCUUCCUCAGACCACUGGAUGAGAAAGAUGCUUCUGUGAAGCUGUGGUGUGCUGCCGGUGUGAAUCUCUCUGGAGGUAAAACCAGAGACGGAGGAUCGAUCGUAGGAGCCAGUGUGUUCUACAGUGAUGUGCCUGGACCUGAGAGCCCUAAAAAGCAGAUUGGGUGUCAGAGCAGCCUGGACAAACUGGAUCAAGACCUCAAGGAGCAGCAGAUGGAGCUGCGGCAACAGGACGACUUAUCAUCGCUGGUGUGGAUCUGUACCAGCACCCAGUCCACCACUAAAGCUGUUGUCAUUGAUGCCAACCAACCUGGAAACAUCCUGGAGAGCUUCUUUGUUUGUGACUCCCAUGUCCUCUGCAUCACCAGCGUUCCAGGUGCAAGAGAGACGGACUACCCAGCUGGUGAGGAGGUACCUCCAAACUCUGAGGCAGGACCAGUGGAAGAUGGCAGCUCAUCAGCAACCAACAGCAGCUCAACAGGUGAAGAAGGCGUGCUCGGAGGCAUCACUGUCGUGGGCUGUGAAGCUGAAGGAUCAGUCGCUAUUCCCCAGACCGCAGACAGUCCUGGGAAAGAUGGAGGAACUGAAGAAGCCACAGAGGCGACCGAGGCCAGCGCAGGGCUCUCUGACCACAGAGAAACCCUGAGGGGUGUCUACACCGAGCACGUCUUCACUGAUCCACUGGGAGCUAAGCCCACAGCGGAGGCUCCAGCCAACUACACUCAGAGGGAGAGUGAUCUGUUGAAAGAUGGUGUAAGUUCAAACCCCACAGCUGAGGAGCAGGACCUGAUGAGAGAGGAGGCUGAGAAGAUGAGUAGCGUCCUGCCCACCAUGUGGCUGGGGGCACAGAAUGGAUUCGUGUACGUUCACUCCUCUGUGGCCCAGUGGAAGAAGUGUCUCCAUUCCAUAAAGCUAAAGGACGCUGUGCUCGGCAUAGUACAUGUGAAAGGGCGUGUUCUGGUCGGCCUCGCUGACGGCACUUUAGCCAUAUUCCACAGAGGAGUAGAUGGACAGUGGGACCUGACAAACUACCACCUGAUUGACUUGGGGAGACCGCACCACUCCAUCCGCUGUAUGACUGUCGUACAUGACAAGGUGUGGUGUGGCUACAGGAACAAGAUUUAUGUGGUGCAGCCCAAAGCCAUGAAGAUCGAGAAGUCAUUUGAUGCCCACCCUCGUGCAGACAGUCAGGUACGACUGCUGGCCUGGGACGGGGAUGGGAUCUGGGUGUCCAUCAGGCUGGACUCCACUCUCAGGCUGUUCCACGCUCACACCUACCAACACCUCCAGGAUGUCGACAUCGAGCCCUACGUCAGCAAGAUGCUGGGGACGGGGAAACUUGGCUUCUCAUUCGUGCGAAUCACAGCUCUCACUGUGUCAUGUAAUCGUCUGUGGAUGGGCACUGGAAACGGAGUCAUCAUCUCCAUCCCUCUAACAGAGUCAGCCACCACGGCAGCAAAGGCAGCAGGUAACCAUCCAGGAAGUGUGGUCCGCGUCUACGGCGACGACAGCGGCGACAAAGUGACAGCAGGGACGUUCGUUCCAUACUGCUCCAUGGCUCAGGCUCAGCUCUGUUUCCAUGGUCACCGGGAUGCUGUCAAGUUCUUCACUGCUGUCCCAGGUCACGCAAUUCCAUCUGCCUCCUGUGGAGGAGAAGCAGGAGGUGACAGGGCAACAGAUGCCUCAUCUCAGGAAGGAACCAAGUCUAUGUUGGUGAUGAGUGGAGGAGAAGGUUACAUAGACUUUAGAAUGGGUGACGAGGAGGGCGAGGCAGAGGAAGGAGAGGAUGCCCCAAUGAAACUGCAGCCCUUCCUGGCCAAAGCCGAGCGCAGCCACCUUAUCGUGUGGCAGGUCCUGGGAAGCGAGGACUGAAGUCUGACCUUUGACUGAAGUCUGACCUUUGACCCCCAUGCCCAAUUUGCCUUUUUCUUCUCAAACCUGCAGCCACAGAGGAGGAGUUCAGGGGAGCGACCGCCCUCUGCAGCCGCGGGUUUAAUCAGCACUUUUUUCCUUCUCCUCAAACCUGAACAAUAAGCGUGAAACAAGCAAAAACUGCUCUGAGAGCUUUUUCUCUUUGCUAAACUGGAGUGGAGCAGUGUAAACACAAACUGCAUGUUAUUGUUUUAUUACUUGUUUUCUUGUUUUUAUUUUUAUUUUAAAGAUUUGAAUAUCAAUCUGUUGUCUUUUAAUAUUAUUUGAGGUAAAGCUGUUGUUGACUACGCAACCAAUACUUUUCUUUUGUUACAUUUGAUCAGCAAAUACACCCAGGUUCCCUCCACUCAGUCCUGUUACUGUGUGCUGAUGCUAAAUCAGUUGAAGCUAAAUCAGUUGUUUAAAUCAAAAGAUAAUCACCCGUGACUUCCCUUGUUGCCCUUUGAUAAUGUAAUACUGUCGUGUGUGGGAGCCAAUCAUGUGUUUUUUUUGGUGAAUCUCUGAUCAAAUUUCAUGUUAAUUUGUUUUUGUUCCUUUGAGUCAAGAUAUUUAAUCAAUCGUCAGUUGUCUUCAGGUCAGGAUUAGUUUAAGUCAAAUGCAACAUGUCACAUUUCAUCUGGUUAGUGGUGAGCAGGAGGUUAAUGUCUCUCAUGGAUUAACAUUCCAUUUGAAUCACAGAGCAUUGCAUGGUUUUUAUGAAGUACAAUCUCAAAAUCAAUCCCCCUGACUUCACUUAGCGCCAUCGUCAGGUCAAAAAGUAGAUUUAUCCAGUAUUUUAGUUCAUGACCAAAUGUUCUAUUAGUUCUCCCUUGGGUCCUGCACCACCCCUACACAAAAUGUGAUGGAUAUAGGUUCAGUAGGGUUUUAUAAUCCUGCUCACGGACAGACAAACAGCAAUGGAAACAACCUCAUUGAAAGAGCCAACUAGAAUUACUAUUAACUAUAUUUUAUUUCAUUCAAAUCUGUGCAUUAUUUCUUGAGAAGGUCACAAAAAUGUUCAAAAAUGCCUUUGCAGUUCUAAUGAAAAAUGUUUAAAUGCUAAACAUUGUCAACAUAACUGCUUAUCAUUGACAUGCCAGCAUUGUCAUCGUGAGCAUGCUAGCAGCUGUAGACUCCGACAUCACCCGUUUUUUUUUUCUCCAGAAAAUCCGAUGCUCUGUGUCUUGAAUGAAAUGAUAAUACGUGAGAAACACUCACUGGUGUUAUAGUAUUGGUAGCAGUUAGCUUUUGAACUCCUCAAAACUCCAGCUGCGUCUGGAUCCUACUGUAAACCACUACAUACUCAAGUCCCCCCUUCAUAUAGGAUACUAUUUAAUCCAAUACUAAACAUGAGGAUGCUAUCAACCCUCUGCUUUGCGUCUACCCGUCAGCUCCAGUUAGUAGACCCUUUAAAAUCUGCCUUAGGUGUCGAGCUUUGAAAGCACUGAGAUUACAGGCUACUUCAGGUGUGACAGAGUAUUUAUUUUUAAUGAAAGAAUGUCACGUUUGCUACCAAAGGUUAAAGAACCAGAGAUCGAUAGUUUGCUGAAACAGUAACCGUGUCCCUUCUAACGCGGCACCUUUCUGCAGUGUCCCUGUAGAUAACAUGAGAGAUUGUUUUGUAACGGAAUUCCCAGUGUAGAGAUGAGAUAUAUUUUUAGACUUUUCUUAUUUGGAAAUUGAAAUAUUUUGCGGGUGUGAGAGAAGAGAAUGUGUUGGACCUGUUACUCUGAGAGAAUAAAACAAGCUGUCACACUGAGCGUUACACAACCUCCCCUCUAAUCCUCAUCUCUGCAUUUAAGAGGUCAAAUCUCAAAUGUUGAGAGUUAUGAUUUUUGUAGCGACGCUCUGUCCCUCUCUGUUGAUGACAAUGUUUGUUAAUAAUGUCUCAGUGAAAUCCCCUCCUAAUAGCAAACUGAUGAUUUCAGAAAAUGUUUUAAUUCUAUUUUUAUGUUUAAAAUUUUGUUUUUGUUUCUAUAAGACUGUCCUCUCUGAGAGUACAGUGCACAAGCUGUUUGUUUGAGACUGUUUUCUGGCCUCUGUGUACCAGUACACUGCACUGGUAUGUUGUUUUGUUUUGUCCUCUUUGUAUUGAACAAUAUCAACGAGGCCUGUCCUCGUCGUUUGAGUGUGUGAGAGAAAGAGAGAGAGAGAGAGUGUGUGUGUGUGUGUGUGUGUGUGUCUUCUCUCCAGGAGAGGAGGGAAAAUAUUAUGUUUAGCCAUUUCAGUAUUUAUUUACAAUGAUUGAGCCUUUGCAAUUCAGAAUGUAUCUUUGUACAUUGAAUAUGAAUAUAUAUAUAUGAUUAUAUAUGUAUGAACCAUGAAAAUGGCUUGAGUUUAUUGUCUUGACAACAGUUGUUGCUGUUGGAAUGAGGAGUUUGUUUUGUAGGGGGUGACUUACUCAGCUAUGCACUAUGUCUCUGAGAAGAGAGGAAGAGGAGUGGCUCGGGGGGGGAGGGGGUUGCUUUGUGCCUGUUUUUAAGAGUAGCGACCCUGCAGCCUGUCCACACUGACAGAAUCAGUUUCGGUGUCUCCAAUGCAGGACAAACAAACCAAACUGAGCUCCAGGCAAUGAAAAGGUAACUCCACCCCGUCACACCACGCCGGUGUCGUCCCUCUCACCCGCUCAUGCUCGCCUGUGUCUUGCCAGGUGCUCCCCCUGUUCUUAGUCGGCAGUACAAACACCAUCCUGUACGUCUGCAGCAUCUCUAGCCUUACUUAUUUUUAACAUUUAAUUAAAGCAAAUUUUGUGGGCAAAUU